AUGGUAUAUAUCACUCGGUUGAGCGGAGUGGUGGCCGCUCUUGCGGCCUUGGUUGUGGCUGCUCCGGUCGAUAUUCGAGAUGUCUCGACCACUGUCUACACGCAGCUGGAUCUGUUCGCGCAGUACUCCGCCGCGGCAUACUGCUCGACCAACCUCGAUUCCCCGAAUACGAGCGUGACUUGCACGAACGGACUUUGUCCGUUACUCGCAGCGGCCACGACCAAGAGCCUGGCUGAGUUCGAGGCAUCCGAUUCCUACGGCGAUACAGCGGGAUUCCUCGUGGUUGACUCCACCAACAAGAAACUGGUGGUGUCAUUCCGCGGAAGCAGCUCGAUCGAGAACUGGAUAGCCAAUUUGGACUUUAUCUUCACGGAUGCCAGCGCGGUCUGCAGUGGCUGCCAGGUUCACCAGGGCUUCUGGAAGGCCUGGAGCUCCGUCGCAGACACCCUAACAGCGGAGAUCGCGUCUGCGGUUACUGCGUACCCCGGCUAUAGCCUGGUUUUCACGGGGCAUAGUCUGGGGGGCGCGUUGGCGACCAUUGGCGCGACGGUGCUGCGGAAUGCAGGAUACUCCGUUCAACUGUAUUCCUACGGAGCUCCACGAGUGGGCAACACGGCGCUGGCCAACUAUAUCACGAGCAAAGGCUCUGGCUCGAAUUUCCGAGUGACUCACCUCAACGACGUCGUGCCUAGGCUUCCACCCAGGUUGCUUGGUUAUAGUCACCCGAGCCCGGAAUACUGGAUCACCAGCGGAACUGGCGCUGCAGUGACCUCGUCGGAUAUUGAUAUCAUUCAGGGUGUUGACUCUUCUGCUGGCAACGCGGGGGAGAAUAUCACGAGCGUGCUGGCGCACCUGUGGUACUUCAUCAGUAUCGGCACUUGUUGA